CAGGGAGUCUGUGAUCGUAACUUUCCAACCACUUUGUUACUUUCAUUUUAGCAGCAGGUGGAAGCAGCAGGAGGCAGGACGCUCAGUUCAACUAAAAAUACAUUAAAUGAAUCAAUAAAGUAGGAAGAGUUCAGUCUGCAGCCCCUGGGCUCCGGGACUCCCUGUGCAGAAUGGAGGAGGCAGCCUCAGCAGGGGAAACAGACACUUAUGAUACAAGCUCUUCCUAGAAUGGCUGUGGAUGGGAGCCCCCUGCAGAGACAGAAACAGCUGGGCAGCUUCUUUCCAAGGUGCAGCAGAACAAGUUAUAAUGAAGAGGAGGAUUUUCUCAUUCUUUCAUAGCUUCACUGUGAGCUCCUCUCUGCCUGGCUACGUCGUUUUCUUCAUUGCUCUGCACAUUCACGAUUUGGCAUCAGCACAGUUCACAGUGACUGGACCAGGCCAUCCAAUCACCGCCUCGCUAGGUGGGGAGGCCGUCCUGCCUUGCCACCUCUCCCCCAGGAUGAGCGCUGAGAACAUGGAGGUGCGAUGGUUCCGAUUUCAGUAUCAUUCAGUUGUCCACCUGUAUCAGGAAGGACAGGACCAGUAUGAAGAGCAGAUGCUGGAAUAUUAUGGGAGGACAGAGCUGCUGAAAGAUGGCAUCACUAAUGGGAGUGUUUCCCUGAGAAUACACCAUGUCCAGCUCUCUGAUCAUGGGCAGUAUACGUGCUUUUUUCAAACCAGUAUCUCUUAUGAAGAAGCCAUAUUGGAACUGAUGGUAUCAGCUAUGGGCUCGGACACCCACAUCUCUGUUGAUGGUCACCAGGAUGGAGGGAUCCGGGUUGUGUGUCGGUCGGCAGGCUGGCAUCCAGAACCUGAGGCUCAAUGGAGAGAUCACCAUGGGCAGUUGCUACCAUCUGCCUCUGAAAAAAUAUCCAAGGACACCAAUGGCCUAUUUCAAACCCAGAUUUCUAUUGUUAUAACAGAAGAUUCCAACCAGAAUUUGUCCUGUUCUGUCAGGAACCCACUCGUCAACCAAGAGAAAAUAUCAACAGUUUUCAUAGCAGAGCUGUUCUUCCCAAGGGUGAGUCCCUGGCUGGUGACGCUGGGGGUGAUCCUGGCUCUCCUGGCUCUUCUCAUUGCCCUGGCCAGUUACUGCUUCUGGAGGCAGCACAGAGCAAAAGAGAUGCUGCGAUCUGACUUGGAGAGACAGAAAGAGACGCUUCAAUCUGACCUGGAGAGACAGAAAGAGAUGCUGCGAUCUGACCUGGCGAGACAGAAAGAAGAACAUCAUGAAGAAAAAGGGAAACUCUUCACUGAAUUGGGGCUUGAACUGAGAAGAGCCCAGCUAUAUGCAGUGGAUGUGACUCUGGAUCCAGACACGGCUCAUCCCAAACUUGUCCUGUCUGAGGAUCGGAAACGUGUGAGACUCGGAAACACACGCCAGGAUCUGCCCAACAACCCUGAGAGAUUUGAUCCUUGUUACUGUGUCCUGGGCGCUGAGGGGUUCGCGGGCGGGAGGCGUUACUGGGAGGUGGAGGUGGGAGACAAGACAGGCUGGGAACUGGGGGUUUGUAGGGAAUCUGUGAGCAGGAAGGGGGACAUCACACUCUCACCUGAGGAUGGAUACUGGGUCGUGUGGCUGAUGAGUGGGGGAUACAAGGCCUGCACCUCUCUCCCAACCCCGCUCCCUGUGAGCAUCAGGCCCAGCCGGGUGGGGAUUUUCCUGGACUAUGAGGCGGGCGAGGUCUCGUUUUACAAUGUGACUGACAGGUCCCAUCUCUUCACUUUCACUGGCAUCUUCUGCGAGACACUCCGCCCUUAUUUCAAUCCCUCUCGCAACGCUGGGGGUGCAAACGCGGCUCCCCUGAUAAUCUGCCCGGUCCCAGCUCAGGCCGGAGGGAAUCUCUGUCCCUGACAGUGACCCCGCGGCACAGACUGUCCCCUCCCAGCGCUGCUGAUCUUCCCGCCCCAGUGGUGGGGGCCAGUUACUGCAGCAACUGGAUUUUUUGUGCUGACUGGACACUGCCAGUUUCCCUGUUCAACUGGAGCUUCCAGUCGAAAAACAGACACCUGGGAACCCCCAGCCCUCACCUUUCCCCGUCCCCUGCCCCAGGGGUAGCAGAUGGGGGUGGAUGGGGUCAUUUACUCCUGUCAGAAUUUUCUACCCCUGUGAAAGCUCAACAUAAAAUAUGAAAGAAAAAAGAUUAUUCUAAUUUAGAAAAUAUUAUUGUAACAAGGUGUAAAUACAAGAACAUUUUAAUUUAUAUUUCAACACUAUUUCAAAAACAAGCAUCUAAACGUAUUUUUAGAACUGGAAUUAUUUACAUUUAUUUUUUGAUUCUUCCCUCAAGUCUAUAUUGAAGUUUAACUUCUCUAAAUAACGUCAUUUGUAUUUCAACUGUGGAAUUUCAAGAAAUCCAAAAUAUUUAUCUUAACAAAAUAAACCAUUACAUUGUCA